AAAAAUACAGUGCUUAUAACCAUGACAUGACCUAUUGAAAAUGUUAUUGAUCAAACAUUCCAGGCUCACAACCACUCACUCAGCCAGUUGCAUUAAUUACAUGCAUCAUGGAUGCAUCUAUCCCAGUUUUUGAGAAGCCCCACCCUCGCCUAAGUGUCCUAGACUGGACGAGGAACAUCCAAAAACUGCAGAAUGAGGCGAGAGUGCGUCGUUUAGAGUCCUAUGAGUUGAGAAAUAGGGCGAAUCAGUUAAGGAACGAGACUUCGGUCACCACGCGAUGGGAUAAUUACGUUAAUAAUGAGCUGUUGAGGGAUAGAAUAUUCCUCGUAGACUCCUUCCGCGAGAAGCAGCGUUUCACCAGCGAGAUGGUUCGCGACGAAAUCCGCGCUCUAAAAGAAGAGAAGAACGCCACAGAGCUUAAUUUGGAGUCCCUACAGGUCCCGCUUAUGGUGUCUUCGCAGUGCUUAUCGAAUAGGGACCAGAGGGUGCCGCCGGAGCUUACCAGGGACCAGUUAGGGGAAGAACUGAAUAAGGAACUCCACAUAAUUGAGAACAGCAAACGCACACUAACAGACGUAUGCCACAUGGGUUGGGAAAAGCUGAAGGAACUAAACAACGUCCUCUGUCGGCUAGAACGAGAAAUAAGGAAUAAAGAGGAAACUCUCGACUUGGAGAAUCAUGUGAAGCAUUUAGAUAGGAACAGCUCUGAUAUAUCAUAUAAGUUAGAGCCUACGAGGAUACCGGCUGAGUCAAUGACCGAAGAGAGUUACGUGAAUUGCAUAGAAAAUACGGUUCAGAUAGCCGAGCAGCUGAUGGCAGAGUCAAAGGCUCUGCGUGCCACAAUGUUCAAAAGCAGGGAACAGGCGCGCAACCAGAUGUAUGCUCAGUCUCAAGAGGUGGAAAUGAUAAUGCGAAGACGCGUUUACGACCAGCAGAGAGCGAGAAACGAGAUGGAGUGGCAGAAAUACAAGCUGGAAAGCAACCUAGCAAAAUUGGACCGUGAAAUUGAAUCACUUCGCGCGGCCGUGGCCGACAAAAUCAACCCCACCAAACUUGUGGAAACUCGCUUGGAGAUGAGAAUGAAAAGACCAGUGUUAGAAAGAGUUCAGGAUAUACCGAUGCGUGGGCUGAUGGAGGAGUAUGAAAGAGUUCAUAUGAGCUCAAAUAUGCUCGAGAAAAAAUUGGAAGAUGCUUUAACAACAUACCACGGAAUGUACAACCACCACCAACGAGUGACCAAGGACCUUCAGUACAAGAACCAAGCUCUAGAGACAGAUCGCCGUCUCAUCGAGAUACGGAAACCGAUUCAUGGCCCCGAUGAGACAGAGUUUAAGAGGAACGUGGGAUACUGUCAUAUGAAAGACGAGUUGGUACCGGAAUAACAGGUUUACUGGUACCGAUAGUAGGUUGAUGUAAAUUGUGUACCGGUAUUAACGUUUCCUAUUAUGCAGGUAGCACCGAUUAGUUUGGAGGUACCUAUUUAUUAAAACCGGUAAAAUAAGUACACUAAUAGAUACUAAGACUUAGACACCAGUGGCCUAUUUUAUAAAGCUACAAGUUACAAUUUACAACCGGAAGUCUCUUUCUAACCCCUUGUAGCUUUAUAAAAUAGGCCACAGAUGUUUUUAGAUAACAUUUAUAUUAAGCUCAAUUGAGCGAUUUCUUCCUAUAAUCAUUUCGGAAUACCGGUACCGUGGGUCGGAAUCGGUAACCUUUAAAAAAUAAUUACAUAUACACUUGUCACAGAAUUAUAAUAAUAUUAUGAGUUUUUAUCGGUAAAGUAACAAGACAAAUCAAAUCAUUUUUUUUAUCACUAACAU